AUGGCUGACUUCACUGAAUAUGGUACGCCCAGCGCCGAAUGGGUCGCCCUUGAGCCAACGCUGCCUGAGCUCCCUAAGGACCUCUCGGUGGGACAGUUGAAGGCAUUAUUAAACAAGGGCCGCGAGGCAACUGCUGCUCAAGAUAUGAUCGACGGCCUCGGUGUCGGAGUUCAGCUGCACGACCACACAAUCACAGCCCGUGACGGCACGCCCCUCGAAGCACGCACCUACCGCCCCGCCAGCAUCCCAAUCUCCGAGCGCCUGCCCGUUUACAUCCAUCUUCACGGCGGAGGUUUUCUUUUCGGAACACUUUCUUCUGAAGACGCCAUUUGCUCGCGGAUUGUCACCUCGCGUGUCCAAAAGGGUACGCCAUUCGUGGUCUUGAAUAUCAACUACCGACACACCCCCGAAUAUCCCUACCCCACUGCUUGGAACGACGUUGAAGACGCAUUCAUCUGGCUGCACGAGAACAUUUCCGAAAUUGGCGGAAUCAGCGAGCAGGUUGUUGUGGGUGGUAUUUCAGCUGGCGCAUGGUUGACUGCGUCAUUAGCGCUGGCCCAGCUGCGCGGCGAAGAUAAGCGCUUAGCGGCCUGCCCAAAAAUUGCAGGACAGGUCCUCAUGAUUCCUUGUGUUGUGCAAUGGGACCACUAUGCGCCGAGACUGGAGAUGCUCAAGAGUCCUGAUUUGUCGAGCUAUGUGCAAUGUGCCAAUGCGCCUGUCUUGCCGGUAACUCGAAUGCAAUUGUUCACCGAACUUCUUGGGCUUGUCGAUACCAAAGAUGCUGCUGGAGAUCGACGGAUGAGUCCCGGAAAUGCCACCGCGGAAGAGGUCAAGGACUUGCCUCCUACUACAUUUGGAAUCGCAGGAAAUGACCCAUUGAGAGAUGAGGGUCUGUUCUAUGGACAGCAUCUUGCUGCGAAUGGCAUUCCCACCAAUGUUCAUGUCUUCCCCGGUGUGCCUCAUGGAUUUAGGAGGUACAAGGACCUGCCCGACAGCAAGAGCGUUGUGCGAAACCCGAACCCUACCCUCCGCAAUGCCCCCUCCGCCUCCGCCUCCACCAACGGGGCUUCCUCCACCCCCGACGCCCUCGAAUCCGACCUCCUCGUCAAGAUAUCCGCCAGCUGCGCACUCGAAGAUCUGCAGGAAAACCUCCUCAGCUCCCUCCACCGCUUGGGCUGGACCGACAAAGUCACCACCCUCGCCACAGAACUCCUCCGCGCCGGCCGCUGUGAGACCUUCGACGAUGUAAUGGCAGCAGUGCUCGCUUCAGCAGAGGGCCGAACCCACCCCGCACUAGGGGCCAAGAUCGCGAAUGGUGAAAAUACAAAUGGAACAAAAGAGACCAACGGUAUCAAAAAAGGCAAAGCCAAAGAUCAUCCUUACGACCCUCUGAAGUACAUUGAAGAAAUCGAUAUCCGCAUUCCGGAGACGGUGGUCGACGAGGGCGUUCGCGGAUUGAAGGAUAUCAUACGAGAAGUGGCCGACUUGGAAGGCGAGCGCGCCUAA